UUCUUACUACGUGUGUGUGUGCGUAUUUCUCUUUUGUAUCCGCAUUCUUGCAACGGUAGUUGUGUGUAUCUAUGUGCUGAAAGGAAAAUACAGAUAAACGAAGAUGAAAGGUAGCAGUUAUUUGGCAUAUCCUUCACACAUUCAGUCAGUACUUAAGUGUUGCGCCGGAGCAAGAGCGUAGUCAGUUUUCGUUUAGAUUUCAUAGUGUACGCACAUACACGCCACGGCUAUUCCGAAAGCAAAUUUGCUUUUUUUCCAUUAGUGCAUAUAAUUUUAGUAUUUUCUUCAUUACGCUGCGCGUAUGAUGAAAAUGAAAAUUGCGAACCUUUAGUACAAAAACAAAUUUUGUGCAAAAGCAAAAGAAAACUCGUGUGUCAAAUCAAAAUUCCAAAAAUGUCUUCUCUAAAAAUUCAAUGUCCACAAACUUAUUCUCGUCUCUUCCGUCCCUGGGAUAUGACACAACGCACAGCAGCAGCAGCAGCAGCAGCAGCAGCAGCAGCAGCAGCAGCAGCACAAGAAGCUAAUCAAGCGCCAGCCCACCCCCACGUUGAACAAGCCGUCGACGCGAUGAACACCAUCAACGAACCACAAAAUCUCACCGUGAACAGUCAAAAGACUGAAGCUGACAUAGAAGUGGAAUUUCUGAAAGUCGAGGAUGUCACCACAGAUUUGGACCAAUCUGAGUCCGACGAUGAGGAGCUCGAAGUGGACGACGAUGAUUACAUGCAUACGAGCCGGACUUCUGAAUGCGCUUCCAGUCAAAGUAAUUGCAGUCUCAGCGAUGAACCCUUCCCACAUGAACAACCCACCGACAGAAUUAUGACCGAUUCCAGUCAAUUCCCAACCGUUGCUGCCCGUCCGUCAAGUGAAGAUGUCUAUGGAGUACGUCUACCGCGUCGCCAUACAAUGCCUUCAUUACAUUCCUUGGAUACAUAUGCAGUGCAUCCGCAACAUCGGUUGCCUUUAUUAUCUAACACCAUUAUACCAACAAAUGCGCCGGCGCCCACAACGAUGCCUAACGACUUCUUCUAUGCAUCGAAUGCAGCUAGCGUUUUAAGCGGAUCCAACCAUCUCAGCCCAGCGCUAUCCACACCUCACAUUGCCGCAUCUGGUAGUGCUGCGGCUGCAGCAGCCGCCAGCUUCGCGGGCAUGGAUGCCUACGCAUUCGGUCUAAUGGAGCAUGAAUACGCGCGCAUUAUGGCCGAAGAGGCGCAUCUCAAAGCCAUCAAUGCGAGAAAACAACGUCCAAAGAAAUUCAAGUGUCCACACUGUGAUGUGGCUUUCUCCAACAAUGGACAAUUGAAAGGACACAUACGUAUACAUACCGGUGAACGUCCCUUCAAAUGUGACGUCGAGUCUUGUGGCAAGACAUUUACGCGCAAUGAAGAGUUGACACGCCAUAAGCGCAUACAUACUGGACUACGACCUUAUCCAUGUUCCGCUUGUGGUAAGAAAUUCGGACGUCGCGAUCACCUGAAGAAACACAUGAAGACCCAUAUGCCACAGGAACGUCAAAUGGGACCUGCCAUAUUUGUGCCUAUGUACCCCUACCUCUAUGGAUACUAAGCGACCACGUUGCUAUACUAAAUAGCGCGCGAGUCUUCCCGAAUACCCGUAUACUCAAAAAAAAAAACCUAAAAACCUGAAAAGCAAUAUACAUAUAUAGCUAUUUGCAAUCAUCUAUUCUAUAUUGUACCUGAGCUCUGGAUGCAAUCUUAGAUAGAUAUACAUUACACACAUGCUAUACAGAAAUAGAUAUAUAUAUAUAUAGUACAUACUAUAGUAACGAAAGCAGUCGGGUCACUGCAUUUCAUCCGACUCACUUGAUGUGCGAAGGACCAAAAGAGUGCAGUCAGGACACUUGCAGCUCACCCAAAUCACUUGAUGUGAAAAGGAACUAACUACAAAGCAACAAAUUAAGAAAAAAUGAAUAUGGAUAUAAAUAUAUUUAUUUUUUUAUAUUUAUUUAUACAUAUAUUUGCACUGGACGUUGUCAAUGUAAAUAGUAUAAACAAAGCGCUGGUUUCGUAAAUAUUAUUUACGCAUCCUAUACAAAUAUACAUCAGCACAUAUUUAUCUCAUAGAUCCACAAAUACCAACAUAUUUACAUAUAUUUAGAUAAAAAGGAUACCACAUACACCUCAAUUAUACAAUAGUACAUAUAUAUGAUAUAUAGAUAUAUAUGUACUCGUACAUUCGUUUACAAAUCGCGCGUCGUGGAAACGAAAACGAUUGGACUCAAUUUCACAAAUAUACAUCAACACUUAUUUAUCUCAUAGAUCCACAAAUACCAACAUAUUUACAUAUAUUUAGAUAAAAAGGAUACCACAUACACCUCAAUUAUACAAUAGUACAUAUAUAUGAUAUAUAGAUACAUAUGUACUCGUACAUUCGUUAACAAAUCGCGUAAAGAAUCGCGUCGUGGAAACGAAAACGAUUGAACUUAAUUUCAAAUACUCGUAACUCUAAGGCAAUCGUAUUGAUAUUAAUUUUUAUACUUUAGAUAAAUUAAUUCAUUAGGUAUACACACUAAAUAUAUGUAAUAUGUAAGACAUAUAGUUAUAAUAGAAUUAUAUGUAUUUAAAUACUUUAUAUAAAGUAAGUAUAGAGUUAAAAAUGUGUGUAAGAUUUUAGAGAUAAUUAUGUAAUUUAAAGUGAAAAAUAUUUAAGUGUAUGUAAGUAUUUUUCAAUU